AUGUCCUUCAAGUUGGAAAUCUCGAUGAUUUUAUGCCUAUUAUAUAGCUCACUAAGUUCUGGAGUAAUUUUGAGUAAUGAAGGAGUGAGUUUCAAAACAGUCGAAGAAGCUUGUAUUGAAACUUCUUUCUCCAAGCUGUCCUUAAAAGCCAAGAUGGCGUGCGCUCGAGAGUGCCAUGCGAAUUCGACCUGCUCAGCCUUCUGCCACUCUGCCGCACUCAGCUCCUGCUACCUCAACGAGAUACGGAAUUUAUCGAAUGCCGCCUCAGUUGACGCCAUGAAGUCGUAUCUUCUCGUGAGCUCCAGCUUAAAUUACAGCUUGGCACAGGCGUACUGUGCUAACCUGGGAGGAUACUUGGCGUUUCCCAUGGGUCCUCAGCCCUUGUUGCAACUAGUAAAUCGCAAGUCCCGAUCACUGAAACAACAGGAGCAGUUGACCAAGGACACUCACACUGGCUGA